GCCCCGUGACGUCAGAGCAGGAAGUGUUUGAGGAAGUUGGCGCCUGUCUCGCGGCUCUGAGGGCCCCGCGCGUUCAUGUCUUCGGGGCGGCGCCCGCGCCCCGCCGCCAGCGUUAGCAGGACUUCAGUAUGAGCUGGUCACCUUCCCUGCCAACCCAGACAUGUGGGGCCUGGGAAAUGAAAGAGCGGCUUGGGACAGGGGGAUUUGGGAACGUCAUCCGAUGGCACAAUCAGGAGACGGGUGAGCAGAUCGCCAUCAAGCAGUGCCGGCAGGAGCUCAGUCCCCGGAACCGCGAGCGCUGGUGCCUGGAGAUCCAGAUCAUGAGGAGGCUGAACCAUCCCAAUGUGGUGGCUGCCCGGGACGUCCCUGAAGGCAUGCAGAGCCUGGCUCCCAACGACCUGCCCCUGCUGGCGAUGGAGUACUGUCAGGGCGGGGACCUGCGCAAGUACCUGAACCAGUUUGAGAACUGCUGUGGCCUGCGGGAAGGAGCCAUCCUCACCUUGCUGAGCGACAUCGCCUCUGCACUUCGAUACCUUCAUGAGAACAGAAUCAUCCAUCGGGAUCUGAAGCCAGAAAACAUUGUCCUGCAGCAAGGGGAGCAGAGAUUAAUACACAAAAUUAUUGACCUGGGAUAUGCCAAGGAGCUGGACCAGGGCAGCCUCUGCACGUCCUUCGUGGGGACCCUGCAGUACCUGGCCCCCGAGCUGCUGGAGCAGCAGAAGUACACGGUGACGGUGGACUACUGGAGCUUCGGCACCUUGGCCUUCGAGUGCAUCACUGGCUUCCGGCCGUUCCUGCCCAACUGGCAGCCGGUGCAGUGGCACUCCAAAGUCCGGCAGAAGAGCGAGAUGGACAUCGUGGUGAGCGAGGACCUGAACGGGGCCGUGAAGUUCUCCAGCUCGCUGCCGCACCCCAACAACCUCAACAGCGUCCUGGCCCAGCGGCUGGAGAAGUGGCUACAGCUAAUGCUGAUGUGGCACCCGCGCCAGAGGGGCACCGACCCCGUCUACGGGCCCAAUGGCUGCUUCAAGGCCCUGGACGACAUCUUGAACUUGAAGCUGCUUCAUGUCCUGAACAUGGUCACGGGCACCCUGCACACCUACCCCGUGACCGAGGACGAGAGCCUGCAGAGCCUGAAGGCCCGCAUCCGCCAGGACACAGGCAUCCUCGAGGAGGACCAGGAGCUGCUGCAGGAGGCGGGGCUGGCCCUGAUCCCCGACAAGCCCGCGGCCCAGUGCCUCUCAGAUGGCAAGCUGAACGAGGGCCGAACGCUGGACAUGGACCUCGUUUUCCUCUUUGACAACAGCAGGGUCACCUAUGAAAGCCAGGUCUCCCCACAGCCCCAGCCUGAAAGCGUCAGCUGCAUCCUGCAAGAGCCCAAGAGGAACCUCCCGUUCUUCCAGCUGCGGAAGGUGUGGGGCCAAGUCUGGCACAGCAUCCAGGCCCUGAAGGAAGACUGCAGCCGCCUGCAGCAGGGCCAGCGCGCGGCCAUGAUGAAUUUGCUGCGGAACAACAGCUGUCUGUCCAAGAUGAAGAACUCCAUGGCCUCCAUGUCUCAGCAGCUCAAGGCCAAGCUGGACUUCUUUAAAACCAGCAUCCAGAUUGACCUGGAGAAGUACAGGGAGCAGACGGAGUUUGGGAUCACGUCGGACAAGCUGCUGCUAGCCUGGAGGGAGAUGGAGCAGGCCGUGGAGCUCUGCGGACGGGAGAACGAGGUGAAGCACUUGGUGGAGCGGAUGAUGGCCCUGCAGACAGACAUCGUGGACCUGCAGCGCAGCCCCAUGGGCCGGAAGCAGGGCGGGACGCUGGACGACCUAGAAGAGCAGGCGCGGGAGCUUUACCGCAGGCUGAGGGAGAAACCGAGAGACCAGCGGACUGAUGGUGACAGUCAGGAAAUGGUGCGGCUGCUCCUCCAGGCAAUCCAAGGCUUUGAGAAGAAAGUGCGAGUGAUUUACACGCAGCUCAGUAAGACCGUGGUCUGCAAGCAGAAGGCCCUGGAGCUGCUGCCCAAGGUGGAGGAGGUGGUCAGCCUGAUGAGCGAGGACGAGAAGACGGUGGUGCGGCUGCAGGAGAAACGGCAGAAGGAGCUCUGGAACCUCCUGAAGAUCGCGUGUAGCAAGGUCCGGGGUCCCGUCAGCGGGAGCCCGGACAGCAUGAACGCCUCCCGCCUGAGUCACCCCAGCCAGCUGAUGUCGCAGCCCUGCGCGACUCCUGACAGCUUGCCCGAGGCCGCCGAGAAGAGUGAAGACCUGGUGGCUGAAGCUCACACCCUGUGCACCCAGCUGGAGAACGCCCUGCAGGACACCAUGAAGGAGCAGGACCAGAGUUUGAGGGUAAUGGCCCACGGGGAGCCCCGCUGCUCCACACCUUUUCUUUUCUGCAGCAAACGAGAAGCUGAGAGAGAGGCGACGCCCUGCCGCCUUGAUCUCAGUGUACACUUGGGAUUUUCUGGUACAACCUUCAUAUUCAUCAUGAUAACAGGGCUGACGACUGUUGAACGAGCACGGGUACCUUACGUGCUCUGUCUCCUCUCAUCCUCACUGUGCUUGGUCCUUAUGAGGCCGGUAGCAUCCCUGGGAGAAGGCCUCUCUCCCGCUCUUCCCUUCUGUGCAGUUGCUGGGCAUGCAUGUGAGAGGUGCAGUGCUGGGCUCCAGGGACAAAGCUGUCACCACCCCAUCUCUCAGGGACUUGGAGCUUAGGGACUCAGCAAGCCCAGCUCUAGGGAAGCUGAUCUAAAGAAAAAUGAGUCCAGGUACAGAGACAUCGAGGCAAAGCUGAACUUACUGAGAGGAUGCUUAAUCGUUCGCUUGGGUCUUUUAAUGGCCAUUUCCUCCAAUACAGUCCCGCACUAGCGUUGCCGAAACUUCUCGGUUUGGGGAAGGAUCAGAGGGGUCAACUGCCAAUGGUAAUCACCUCUUAUUUCUUCAAGUGCCAUCCUGCUGUUUGGGGCUUUCCGUGUCUCCUCCUAGGUACUCUUCCUCCUCUGGGCCUUGUAUGUUUCGACCCUUGCACUGCCUAUGUGCUUCUGCCAGAGGGAAAGGAAGUCUGGCCAGGUGGUUCCACCUGGUUAGCCUGGAGCUGGAGAGCUAAGACGAGCCCUGGGCACCUGGGCGUUCAGUGAGCAUAGGUCAGUGCUGUGAGCUGCAGGAAUCACACUUAAAUCGCCUGGCCAGAGUCUCAGGGGCUCCACGCCCAUCUGAAGAUAAGCUCCUGCAUGGUCUUGAAGACAUAGCUCCAGCUCUGGGGUCCCUUGCAGAAACUCGACUGUCAAUGAAAGGCUCUAGCCUUCCUUCUAAAUCGUGCUGGUUGCCUCCCAAAGAAGAAAACCAGGUACCUGGGUGGCCGCAGGGUUGUUAAUGAGCCCGUUGACUUUCAGUCUCUAGACUGGAGCUGGUUGCAGUCGGAGGAGGAGGAACAGCAGGGACUGGAGCGGGCCUCGUGAUGGUGGGCGGCCCUGGCCCCAGUGGGCCGCCUUGCUCAAGGCCCUAGCGUCAUCGCGCCCGGCGUCCUUGGCACCCAGACAGAGAUCGCGCUCCUCCAGCAGCCAUGACGGUCGCUGUGGACCGAAGGCAUGGCCCUCCGUGGGCACAGCCAGCAGCUCGUCUGCUCGCUGGAUUUCCUCUGCUGCAGAGGCCCAGUGGACGUGGAUGCCGGGGGGCGGCGUGUAGGAGAUGUCUCCAGGGCCGCCACUGCCCCUGCGAGGGGAGAGGAGUGCUCCAGGCUCAGUGGCCACACCCGACUGACUCCCAGGACGAAGUCUGAGCGGCGCUCGGUGCCAACUGUCUCCUCCUGACCCCUCCUGCUCUCCAGAGGAGGUCUGUCUGCGUAGCUCGAGUUUCUGGAUUCAGCUUCUCUUGAGCAGACCUCCAAACCCCGGAUCCUGCCCUGUCCCAUCCUCCUUUCUUCUCUGAUCUCAGUGCUGCUAACGUUUGUCCUUCCACCUGCGAUCUGCAGCCAGGCUGCGGUCCUUCCAGCCAGCGUGACUGGAGCCAGGAGGGAAAAGCAUCUCCCUUCCUGCGGGUCCCAAAGAGUCCCUGGGAGCGAGCUGCCUUGGAGAAGAAGGAAAGACGGAAGGGAUGUCUGUCACCCACGAGCCUGCUGACCCCCUGUGCCCACAGCCCUGCCCCGUGUGCGGCUGUGGGGGGGGGGAGGUGGGGGAGGUCCCGCCCCUCGUAUCCUCUCGCGGUAUUAUUCAGUGAAUGUAUUUAAAAAACAGAUUCUCUAUUUUGCAACAUGACUCAGAUCCCACUGUCUAUUUUUAUAAUACCUCUGGUUAGGACUUAACAAACUCAAAAACCCAACUGCAAUGGAACAUUUGAUGAAAUUGAACGGUGCCAGGGCCCGCGCUGCCUCUCUGCUGUCUCACGAAAGCUUCUCUGUGUAACAGAGGGACAGCACGGUGAGCUCGGAUGAUCCCAGGCAGGCAAGUUUGGUUGGAGAAGAAAGCCGGACGAGAAGAGUUUCACAGAGUGCCUUCCGUGGAGGCGGUUCUGUGGGUUCCAUGUACAGGAAGUUUGGGCAACAAUGGUUCAUGCUUUAAGUGCCUCUUAGAAAUUCACAUUGUGCACUGGUGUACUGAAGGAUGGAAAGUCCCGUGAUAAUGAAGUGAAGUGAAGUCCCUCAUUUGUGUCUGACUCUUUGCGACCCCAUGGACUAGUACGCUCCUCCGUCCAUGGGAUUUCCCAGGCAAGAGUACUGGAGUGGGUUGCCAUUUCCUUCUCCCGUGAUAAUAAACUGGUUUAAUUCUGCCUAAA